AUGCUGAAGGCAGAGCUGGGAGCGGCCCGUGCUGCAAGCGGCACGGUCAGUGCCACCUCCUCGGCCAGGUGCGCUCGUGGGGCCGCCGGAGGACGGGCACGUGGAGAGACAGACAGGCGGCCGCUCUGGCUUCCGGAACACCGGGGGCACCCGCAAAACACCGCUGGCGCCGCUCUCCCGGCACAGCCCCAGCAGAGCCCCGGCACCUCGCGAGCGGGCUCGGGGCGCCGGGCCCGGAUCCCCGGCGGGGGCGCCGCGCUCGCACGGCGCUCCGUGUCCGCCAGAGGGCGCGCUGCGGGGUCCCGGCCCCACACGGCGGCUCCGCGAUCCCGCACCCGGCGGCGCCCUCUGCCCGCGGCCGUCCCGGGCCCGAAACCGAUCCGGUCCCGGGCCGGAUCCCGAUCCCGGGCCCCAUCCAGAUCCCGAUGCCGCCUCCAUCCUCCCGACGAGGGAGAGGCGGCGCCGCCCGGGACCCCUCGGCAGACCCCGGCAGGACCCGAACGCCCCAUCCCGGCUCCGGCUGUGGCCUCCAUCGCCCGCUUACGGUCAGCCUCGUCCCGGCAUCGUAGCAGGAGCGGGCAUCGAGUCCAGGCUGGGCUUUGCCCAGUCCUCACCCCAAUCUCAACCCCAGUCCGGCCGAGAGCCGCAACCCUCCCGCCGGGGCAGAGAGAGGCAGCCCCGCCGUGCGAGCGGGCACCGGCAGGACUCGGUCUCACAGCCCCGUCCCCGGUCGCGACCCCGCCGCAGCGCUCCGGGCUCCGAGCGGUCCCCGCCACACUGGGCCGGGGCUCACGCAGCGCCGGGCGAGGGUCCCGGGACAGCGGUACGGGGGGCGGGGCCACAGCGUGCGGGCACGGGAUGCUGCAGCAGGACCGCGACGGCGGCCGGGGGUGCAGAUGCCGAGCACUGCUGGGCUCUGCCGAGGUCCCGGGUGUUGCCGCCUGUCCCCUGUCGGGAGGAUGGAGGCGGCACCGGGCCCGGGAUCGGUUUCAGGCCCGGGAUGGCCGCGGGCACGGGGCGCUGCCGGGUGCGGGAUCGCGGCCGUUCCCCGGUGCGGGAUCGCGGAGCCGCCGUGUGGGGCCGGGACCCCGCAGAGCGCCCUCUGGCGGAGACGGAGCGCGGUGCGAGCGCGGCGCCCCCGCGUGGCCGCGGGACAGCGGAGCGGGGGGCGGGGCCGGCACAGGUGUGAGGAGCGGGGCCGGACGGCAUAGGGGGCGGGGCCAGCUCAGGUGUGCAGGGCGGGCGUGGCUCAGGUGCGCGGGGCCCCAGGGCGGCUGCGCGGGGCGGGGCCGAGGUGAUUUAGAGCCCGGAAAUCAGCUCGGCCGCCAUUUGCUCACUCAGAGCACGGUGCGGACGGGAGCUCCCUGUGCGGGCUCCGCAGGGCCCCCCAGUGUGAUGUCGGGAAAGCCGGAGCCCCGGCGCUGUGGGGCGCUGUGUUGCACUGCAAUGGGGGGACCCGCAGAGCGGGUCCGGCCCCGUGUGGGGACCCCGGCGAGGGCGGGGGCGCCGGGCUCCGGCCCUCUGGGCUUUAUUAGUGCCCGGCACCCCGAGCCCCGCGGCUGCGAGGGAAGAAGGAGAGCGGGGAAUGGAGAACGAGAAUAG